CACACUUUGUCAGUGUAUUGAAAAAAAAGAGAGUCCAAAAAUCCAUACGCGCCAGAUCACGCGUUGGUUCUUUCUUUUCUGUUCCACUUCACUUUCCGUCUCCUUCAACACAACGCGCCCAUUUCAGGACGUGCAGGACCUGCUGUGGAAUUUUCCAUUGAUCACAUCGGUCUUCUAUCCUGAAUUCACUAAAUAGUACGUUCCAACAAGAAAAAAAAGAAACAAGAAAAAGAGAAGAGGGAGAGAAGAAAAAAAAAAGAAAAGAAGAACGAGGAUCUUACCACUCCAUCCUGAUCUUCCUGCUGUUAGAAAGCAAUCUUCUUUCUCCCCUCCCAUUCCAUCCACUACGACGUCUCUUUUUCAUUUUCCUUUCUUGUGAAAUCACCAAGCUCAUUGUGUUCUCUCGACGCGUCUGUAUAGGCUCGCGUGUUUAGUUUUCUUUCUUUUUUGGAGGAUUGUCAGGGAUCUCUCAACCCGUUCGCGGCGAAAAUUGUAUUAUAUGGACAACAGACCUGCCUCGGAGUACGCGCAGUCAGGUUCGCAUUAUCCAUAUCCACCGUCUGCUGCGACCCAUUCUGAACUCCCAGUUGCAGACCAGGCUUCUGCUGCUGCCACUGCUCAAUACACCCCUCAGACUGAGGUCCGCCCUACUCCUCAGUACACCCCCCAACCCGAGGUCCGCCCCGCCGCCAAUAUUUCGUCUUCCAACACGCCGCAGUCAGACUACGGUCUGAAUCAGCCGCCCGCCGCGCGCUCUCCUGCUUACCACGAGUACAUCGGCCGCCCGCCUCAAUACCACCACGCGCCUAACACCCAAGCCGGUGGAGCGGCAGGUAUGGCUCAAGCAACAAGUCCGUCCAUGCACACCCUCAGUGAUGGGCAGCACCAUGACCAUCGCAAUCACACGAACCUGAAGUCUGACGCGGCCGUUCCUAUAGAUCCCUCAAUCGCGGCAUCCAGCCCCACCUAUCCUCCUCCCUACUCUCCCUACCAGCCCCAAGGUCACGAUAUGGCACAAUACCAGGGGCACCCCCCUCCGCCCCCGCCUCAGAUGUAUACGCGUCCGGAAUGGUCGCAUGGGUAUGGACAACAUCAACACGGUCUGCCUGGACCCUAUACCACUCCUGCCACAACGGUUGGUCCCGCCUCCCCUGCUGCGACCGCAGGGCCGCGCCCUGGCCAGGUAUACUCCUUUGUUCCCAUUCCUGGCGCGCAGCAGCACAAGCGGCCCCGUCGUCGGUAUGAGGAGAUUGAGCGGAUGUACAAGUGUGGGUGGAACGGAUGUGAGAAGGCGUAUGGUACGCUGAACCAUCUGAACGCCCACGUCACGAUGCAGUCUCAUGGCGCCAAGCGCACACCCGAAGAAUUCAAGGAGAUUCGCAAAGAGUGGAAAGCUCGAAAGAAGGAGGAAGAGGCCCAGCGCAAGGCUGCUGAGGAGCGCGAGCGUGCUGCCGCUGCUCAAGCUGCCCAGGCCAACCAGGUCGACGCACCCAAUCCUGCGGAUCCCGCUCAGGCUGGGCAACCACCUGCCUACCCGGGUGGUGUUCGUCCUCAAUUACCUCCCAUUGGAUAUCAACCUGCCGACGGUCAGGUACCGGGGCAGUACGGAGCUGGAGCCGGAGGUAUGGUGUAUCAGGGCAAUGGGCAGAUGGCAUACCCGCCAAACUACCCUCACUCCCCUUAUGGACAGACCGGUCAAGUGUACCAGCCACAAAACCAAUCGACCAGCUACCCGCAAUAGAUGCCCAGCUUCCCUUACUUCUUUCAGGUUGCAUGUUCUAAUACAAUAUCUCCUAAUCCCGUAUCGCCAUCCCCGGAUCUAAUUCUCUAAGUUCCUGCGCACAUGAUACCAAUUUUCUGGCCUUGAUUGCUCCAGUCAAAAGAGUGGCCUUGCGACUUACACUUUGUCCCAGUUAUGUUUUUUUGAAUUAGAUCGC